AUGCACAAAACACUUCUCCUGGUAUUUAUCCAUGGAUUCAAGGGAGGAGAUGAUACCUUCGGUAGCUUUCCUGAGAAUCUACGGACCGUAGUGAGCAAGGCGCUCCCGGCGGUUAACGUUACAACGGCCGUGUACCCCAGAUAUGAGACCAAGGGCGAUUUGAAGGAAUGCGUGGGAAGAUUCCGCGACUGGCUGCAAAACACUGUCAUCGACCUCGAGGUUGCGAAUCACACGGCCUCGCCCACCGUCGACCCCUCUAUCCAUGUCUUCCUCAUCGGUCACUCAAUGGGGGGAAUUGUCGCAGCGGAGGCACUUCUACUACUUGCAAGCGAGCAGCCUAUUCCUGGGAAUCUGACUUCCAACUCCCAAUCAGCGCUUCAGAGUGAGGACAAUACGCCUGUCGUGGAACCAGGCACAUUCAUGUUCCCGCACAUCCAAGGCGUACUCGCCUUCGACACCCCUUUCUUGGGAAUCGCGCCAGGCGUGGUUUCAUAUGGAGCCGAGGGGCACUAUCGCAACGCUACGACUGCCUACAACACCUUCACGGAGGUUGCUGGGAUUUUCGGCUACGGAAAGAGCUCACCUGACGAGACUGCGGCUGCUGUCCCCGCGAAAGAAGCCCCUAAGGCUCUACCUUCUACGGCUGAUGCAGCGGCGACACCAUCCUGGCAGCGCUGGGGUCGAUACGCCAUGUUUGCAGGAGCCGCCGGGGCCGUUGCUGCCGGCGGUGCCGCGGCCCUCUAUUCCCAGCGACAGAACUUGACCGCAGGCUUUUCCUGGGUCUCUUCUCAUCUCGAAUUUAUAGGAUGUCUAGCACGAACAUCCGAGUUGAGGCAGCGUCUCGAAAAAUUAGUCACGGUUCAGGAGGAUCGUGGCAUCGAAUGCGUCAAUUUUUACACCUGUCUCGGACAGGGUGCGGCGAAUCUCGUCGCGGACACAUCAACUGGCAAAACAUCCUUCACUCAGAAGAUCAUUAGGUCAAAAAACAGGACAUUCUGCACCCUUCCGCCCGAAGUGGAAAAUGAUAAGGAGGUGGCGACUUCAUCACGAGCUGGGCUCCAAUGGAGAAAAGCUGUCAACAACCAGGCCAGUGACGAGGUUCAGGCACAUAUCAGCAUGUUCUUGCGCGAAGGCAAUCCCGCAUUUUAUGAUCUUGUCGGCGAAGCUUGCAAGACCUUGGUGACUUCUAUCGACAAAGGCUGGUACAGCAGUUCAGCCGGACCAGCGGAGGGGAAUGAAUCCCGUCAGCAACCCGCAGACGAGGAUGACUUCAUGGACGCCGACGAUGUUGUGGUCGUGCAAUGA